AUGGCCACUAGAGUUAAAAUACUAGAACAAAAACGAAGGACUCUAAAGGCACAGCUUACGAGUCUCGCGAAUGCCCUCGAUAAAAACAAAUACGAUAACGCGACAUUAAAAUUGCGCAUUGCCCGUUUAACGGAACUAUAUCACGCGUAUGAAGAGUUCAAUGCUGAACUCGUGGUGUUAGAUCCGGACGAUGAACACCAAGCGGAAUUCAUGGAUAUCAAUGAAAGAUUUUUUACUCUCGCGGGCAAAAUCGAUAAUAUUCUGUACGGAACGAAUGCCUCGUCGAAUAGUAGCGGCUUGACGAACGAAGACACUUGUAGAUCCAAUACAGCAGCCGCACCGGCGGUUCAAAGAAGGCGCAUAAAAUUGCCAGAUGCCCCGAUGCCUUCGUUCAAUGGAAAAUUCGAACAAUGGCUUUCUUUUAAGAACGCGUUCGUUAAUUUAAUCGGGUCGCAAUCCGAUUUAUCGGAUCUAGACAAACUUCACUACUUGACGACCGCAUUAAAAGGCGAGGCGGCCAAUAAAAUCAAGAUUUUUGCGAACGAUAAAAUAGACUAUGCUACUGCAUGGAAUUUUCUAGAAUGA